AUUUUGUUUUGGGGAGAACAAUAUCACAAAAUAUCCAUUUUUUGUCUCAACCUUCUUCCUUCUAUUAUGGAUCGAGACCGGGAACUGGAAGCCAGUUUCUCUUUCGGCGGUCAAGAAUUUAGCCCCGCCACUGCUGGCUCCUGUGAUGAGGAGGACGACGAUAGCGAUGACCAGUACAUCGAGAUAGCUCUUGAAAGACCUGUUAAUGGACAUAAUCCUGAUGAUGGGUCUAAUCAGUCGGAGUUUUUUAUAUCGUUUUCAUCUUCUUCUUCGGAUCCUUUUCUUCAGCUACCCAACUGCGGUUUGGCUUGUGCUGAUACUGUGGACUGUAUCGGCACUGACUUAUCAGACGCCGUGACGGCUUCUUUGUCGGCGUCGUCAUCGGCAACAUCCGCCUCUAGUUUGAGCCUUUCUUCGGCGGACACGCGACGGAGGACGACAGAACCAAAUGUCAAAGCUCAAAAGACUAUCAAAAGGAGGCUAUUGAAUUCAUUGCUGUCAAAUCGGGAAGCUUCAACGGAGAUGGUCAGUAAGAACAGGAAAGAAACGACAAAUGACGGUGGAGUCCUGAUGAAAUUUUUGAUCAAGUGUCGAUCUAUGAAUAUUCGAGCAAUAUUAGCGUCUUUCAUGAAGCCAUACCAGUUCAUUUAUUCUUCUCAUCAUGGUAAUACUACAAGUAGCAGUGGACAGAAGAAGAUGAUGAACAGAACGAGUCAAAGUUUGAAGAAGCCAUUUGAUAUGAAUUUGGAUGCGAUGAGAGGAGUUUUAGAGGCAGUGAGUUCAAGGCUUAGUAGUAAAGAUAGCAAAACAAAGAACUCUCCAAGUGCGACAAAAGCAAUAUCCAUUCAACAAGGAUAUCAAAUUGAGAAUACCUCCAUUCAAGCCGCCAUUGCUCACUGUAAGAGAUCAUUUGGCCAAGAAUAAACCUAUGAAUAUAAACAAAUCUUAUUACUUAUUUAUACAAACUGAAGCGAUAAUAUGUGAUUA